GGAUGCUAUGGACCAUCGGAAUAACCACAGACCCACCAUGACAUAAGGCUGCCAUGAAGACUACCACAGUGCAGCCCUCAUUGGCCUUUACGCAACUGUCGACACCAUGUCCGUCGCUAGUGUGUCCAUCUGGACACCUCCUUCAGCUAGCAGCAUCGGCUGGCAUUGGCAACUUUCGACGGGUGGGAGCUUGAAUAUCACGAGCCUAGUGGCGGAACCUACCAUACAAAUGGUAGACAUUGACCUUUUCGACACCAAUGCGACAGUUAUAUCCACUCUCAAAUCUGCAGGCAAAAAAGUCAUCUGUUACUUCUCAGCAGGGAGCUACGAGAACUGGAGAUCGGAUGCGGGUAGUUUCCCUGCUGCAAUCAUCGGGAAAGGAUUACAAGGGUGGAAAGGUGAAAAAUGGCUUGAUAUCCGCGGAUUUGGUAGCAGCGAUGGAGGGGAUUUAGGACGUAUCAUGAAAGCAAGGAUGGAUCUUGCGGUUCAAAAGGCUUGCGAUGGAGUCGAACCUGAUAAUGUGGACGGAUACAUCAACCCGACCGGGUUUCCCUUGACGAGCGCAGACCAGCUUGAUUAUAACAGGUGGUUGGCAGUUCAGGCACAUGCUCGGAACCUCUCCAUUGGUUUGAAGAACGAUCUGGAUCAGAUACCUGAUUUGGUCAACUAUUUUGAUUGGGCGCUAAACGAGGAAUGUUCAAAGUAUUCAGAAUGUAACAAGCUCCUGCCGUUUAAAACUGCUGGAAAGGCCGUAUUUGGCGUGGAAUAUACGGACAAGAGUGACACCAGCACUCUAGAAAGUUUGUGCUCGACGCCUCGCAGUCUCGGAUUUAACUGGCUUGUGGCCAGACUGUCCUUGGGCGGCUGGGCCUAUGAUUGUACCGCCCACAUUGCAAGGAACUUUGGGACCGGUGACCCAUCAGCAGCCAGUAAAGGAAUCGCAGCAUGGGAAUGGAAAAAUGCUGCAGUGAUAGCUGGUUUUGCGUACGGUUUAGCAUAUGUUCUGGGACUAUAGCGGUCAGCACUUAGUGGGCCCGUAAAAUGGACGAGUGACACAGUGCACGGACGGCGUCGAUUAAUUUAAUGUAGAUGCUCGCAGCCGGCCAGACUUUGUAUUCCGCCUAAAUAAAUCCCGUAGAAACUUGAG